UAGAUAAAUUACUAAACAAUAAUAAGCAAUGUGGAUCUAUUAAAAAAUGUUUAGAAUGCCAAACUUCUAAUAUUAAUAACAAAAAACAAUUAUGUCCUAAUUGUAAUGCAAAAUUACCAACAAUUAAUGAAUUAAAACAAUUAAAUGAACCAUUGGUAAUUGCAAAUAAUACUGAAAAAUCUUUAUCUGAAUGGGAGUUAAGUGAAGAAAUGAAAAACUUUAGUGAACUUGCACAUACAAAAAGAAUUGAAUUUAUUCAAAAAAUAUUAAUUGAAAAAAAUUUUACUAGAACUUGGCAUCCAUUAACAAUUACAAGUGAAGAAGCAAAUUUUCAAAAGUUUAAAAAUUCUUUAUCAAAAAAAGAAAUUUUAUCAAUAAUUAAUUCAUUGCUUCCAUAUUUAAAUGAUUUAGACCAUUUAUGA